GGUCACGUGUGUACACAGUGUCGGGCUCCAGCAGUAGUAAAGUCUGCCGCGGCUCUGCCUCCUUUUCACAACGAGCCUCGUCCGCCGGAAAAGUUGCCGAGCGAAGUGCUCGGAAAUGCGGUGAGACGGACCCGCUUUGUGAAACUCGCCGUGUUGCGGAGGCGACUUGGAGCCGAGGCGCGUGAUUUCUCAAUCUGCAGGAUGUGUGUUUUUGGAAGGAAACGAGCGAGAAAUGCGAGUGGAAACGCUUCGUCCGAACCUGAUGCGCCCGUAGGUUUGUCACCGAGCCAAGUCCGUACGUUCCUGUCGACCUGUUGAGUGCUUGACCUGUGUCAGAGCCCAGCGAUGUGGAUCUGCAUGGUUUACAAUGAGACGGACACCAGCGUGGACUUCCGCCUCUGCCAGGACUUUGGCCUCAUCCUGUCAGUCUUCUCCCUCGUCUACCUCCUGGUGUGCUUUCCACUGGGGCUGUGCUACAAUGUACUGCUGGUCGUGGUCAACCUCUCCAACAAGGUGUCCAUGACCAUGCCCGAUGUGUAUUUUGUCAACAUGGCCAUCGCGGGCAUCGUGCUCAGCCUGGUGGCGCCCGUGGAGCUGCUGAGCUCCACCUUCACCCGCUGGCACUUAUGGGAGUACAACAACGAGGUCUACAUCACCCUGCUCAUCCUCUUCAACAUCUCGUCACUGGUCAUCAUGUAUUCCACCACGCUGCUCAGUUUGGACUACUAUAUAGAGCGAGCGCUGCCUCGCACGUACAUGUCCAGCGUGUAUAACACAAAACAUGUGUGUGGGUUCAUCUGGGGCGGUGCAGUGCUCACCAGCUUCUCCUCGCUGCUCUUUUACGUGUGCAACCACAUCUCCACCAAGAUGGUUGAGUGCUCCAAAAUGCAGAACAAGGAGGCGGCAGACGCCAUCAUGAUGUUCAUCGGCUACGUGGUUCCGGCUGUGGCCGUCCUCUAUGCCUUUGUGCUCAUUUUGCGCAUUAGAAAAGAGACAACGCCUCUUGAUCAGGACUCCGCUCGCUUGGACCCUUCCAUCCACAGGCUGCUGCUAGCCUCAGUCUGUGUGCAGUUCGUACUGUGGACCCCAUACUACAUGACCCUGUUGGUACACACUGUAGCUGGUGCGCCGGGGUACGUUAGCAAUGCACACUACCUACCUACCUAUUACUUCUUGAGAUGCGUGUCCAAACUGCUGGCAUUCUCAAGCAGCUUUGCGAUGCCUCUCAUGUACAGGCAGAUGAACAAAAACUUUUCCAACAAGCUCCAGCGGCUGCUCAGGAGGCUGCACUGUGGAGGCCGCUCUUGCCCUCACGAACGCUCAAACGUGCAGCAAGUGGUGACGUGAGGUCAGCCCCUGGAAGAUCAGUGAGGCCCCCUCCCAUUCCCCUCCCACUUCCACCUCAUAGCCUCGCCGGCACUUAAACCCCACCUGCCCCCACAGAGCCAGUAUCUGACUGCUGUCCCUCGCUGCUCUGGACUGUGUUAAGAGCGACCUAGCCGACUGGGGAAUUGCCUGUCACCUUCCAAAACUUGAUCUGAUAUAUAUAUCCUCCACUGCAGUGAGAGGACAAACCAAGCAAAAAACCACUAAGUGCUGUUAUUCCUUGUCACAGAGUGAAGCUCUCCACUAAGAUAUUCUGGCUUCUAGUUUCAGGGCAGUACUUUUGGCAGAAUCAGCCAAUAACGCAAAGUAUCCUGUUAGCAAGGGACUCCGAAUCACUAUACCUCGGCACUGGGUGUUCUUUUGUGUUAAGUUGUUCUCUGACAGCGUGCAAGUGUGGCUAAUGCAUGACAGCCUGAAUUUCACUGGUAAUUGAGAAUAUGCUAUCAGAUACAGUAUAUUUUUAAAUGUCUUUAGUGUUUCCCUCCAGCAUGAAGCUACCACCACCACCCCCCACACACACACAAGCAGGAGCAGUAAAGCUUUAAACUUAAAUUACGAAGUGACGCCAAUUUGUUUUGUUUCUGAAGAGAACAUUCUGCGGAUGGCGGCUGGUAGCAACCCUCCGCAGCUAAUGAACUCGUGUUGUGUGUCAACAUUGCAAAGCACCGCUCGGCGCUGCUGGUGAAGAGCUCUGUCUACUGCCCUGAAGCUACAGGCCUUGAUCACUUGAAAGAAAAGACAGUUCUACCUUUGCAGAGCUGAAUUUUCCUUUUUACUUAAAUGCGUGGAGAGUGAUUCCUCAUUAUCAGUGCAAAUGCUAUUUACAUUUCAUAGGUGAAGUACAGUUGUUCAUGUACUCUUCAAGAUAUUGUAUCUUCUUUAUUGAUACCAGCACUACCCUGUAGCUAUAAGUAGGCGCUAGUUUGAAGACAUGUUCUCAUUUCAUUUUUUUUCUUUUAUAGAUUUGAGUUCUGAGGUUUUGAUCCACUCACAAUCAGAGAGAGAUUAUUCUUGCAUAUGUGAAGCUCCACGUUAUGAAAUAUAUAGUGUACACAGCCACACCACUUGGAAGAGACACAUGAAAUGCUCAUAUAAAGCUUUUAUUCAGGUUUCAGACAUAACCGGUAUACCUCUCUGCUGAAAUCACAUCACCUGCUAUCCACUCGCAGCUCAAAUCAACUCAUUUGAUAAAAAGAAAUCCACUCAUUAAUCUGAGUUGAGAGCCUCAGCUCAGUGUGUGAUUUGUUGAAAUGUGUUUUGCAUCUGCUGGAGUUAUGCAUGCGGUGUCACAUUGGGUCAGUCAAGUCCGCACAGAGUCACAGAGAAGACCCCGAGGAGGAGGUGGAAUGCACUUUUCCUAAAAUGCAUGCCCUCUUAUGAGUGGUUGGGAGGUUUUGUCUAGGUGGAAAUGUGUCGCCUGACUGGGUCGCUCCACAGGCACCAUAAAAAAAAAAAAAAAAAACCUUCACUUAAGUAUGAAAUACUCACCUGCCAAGCACCUAUGAACAGCUUGUUUGACACAGAAGUAGAGUUUUAUCUGUAAAUGCUGCUUAGAUGCAUCAAGGUUAACUGCACGUUUUUUGGCAAAAGCUCCUUUGCUCUCUUGCCGGCCACUAAGUGAAAAGUGAACGGACAAUUCUAAUAGAAAUAAAUCCCAGUUAUACAAAUGAACAAUAAAAUGUUGUUCUUGCAUUAUGAGGUCUGCGCAUUUAGUUUAUUUUUUAUUCGGCUUCUGAAUGAGUUUAUGAAUCAUCCUGUGAACAGAUAGCGAUGUGGGGCUGAAGGUGACCACAUUGGUCAAUCCCUCUAACAGUCAAUGAUAAUCACUUAUACAUGUAAAAGGUUGAACUUUAGAAACAACUGGCUUUGACUGUUAAAUGCAAUGGAUUUCACAGUAAUUGAAAGCUUGUCAUAGACAUGUGCAGUAAUUAUUAAGAUUAUAAUAUAAUUUUACAUUCACACAUACUCACAAACCAGGAAUAUUUUGUCUUCUAGGACUGUGGUAUGAAACAGUGUCCAACAAUUGACUCUUCGCUUCAAAGCUCCACCCUCUCUUAUGUGUAUCUGCAAUCAGCCAGUAGGAAGUGAGUGUUUGUUUUCAACUUAAACCGUGUGUUUACUUUAAGCGCUUCAGUAUCUGCUGCCCCCAUUUCUAAAGAAAAUCACAUAUUUUGACUCAGUUAAUCAUUAUUUAGCCUCAGUUCAAAGUCCUGAUGCUCACUAUUUAUUUAAGACUGGGAGUCAAAACAGCACUAUGUCAAAUGAUGAGUGGUGUGAAAUGUGGAAAAGGUAGUGUCCAUUUUAAGACAUGUCCAUGUUGUUUUUUUUACCAAAAAUUCAACUAAUACCUAAUCAGUAGGUCACUUACUGACGCUUGAAUUGCAGCAGACAGAAUCAAAUGUUUCCUAUAAUAUCAUAAUUUAAUCCUUUGGUAUUUUUCUGCAGAUUAAAUGGACAAACUUGAUGUAAAUUUGCCUGUAAUUUCAUGACAAUGCAUCGUAAUAGAAACAUUGGAAAUAUAGUUAUUUUGAUUUCAAAAUAUUUUUACACCUUUCAAUGUAGGUCAGAAUUUGCAUUUGGGACAAUCAUGGGGAUUUUAAAGCGAUGUGAAGAGAUAGGACCAUUGAACUUCAUCAUGUUUACUGCACCACCAUGAGUCAAAUUACAGAAAAACCUUCAUGAAAUAUCGAAAUGAUCGGUCUCUGUAAUAAUUAUCAGCCACCAUAAAUUGACCAACUGCACCAUCUUCACAACUGACAAGUAAAGCUUGAUCAAAGUGGGUUUGGAAUCACACGAGUGCUCUGUCUGUCUUGGUUUGGUUUCUUAUUUCAGAGGGGCCAUACACACUCGCAUCAUUGCAAAGAAAUGUGAGUGACUACCACUGAGCUCAGUUGAAUAGGCCGAACAGUUUGAGUUUUCGAAUGUAUGCAGAUGUAUUUUAACUGGCAAAACCGCAGAGGUCGAGUUUAAUCCACUUUUCAGAUGUGAUGCUUUUUACGACCGUGUAUGGAAGUGUAAAUAUCAUGUGUAUAUAUGUUGUAUGUGAGAGAUUUCAAGUAAAAAAAAGCAUACAGUAUCAUUUUUUUGAGAGAUAUAUUUAGAUUCUGUAAGUAAUCUACCCAACUGAGUCAAAGACUGAAUAAACAAUAAACUAACA